AUGGUGCAGAUGGGGCUCCAUCUCCUAGUGCUGUUCUUGUGGUUUGGCGUCGGAGUACAGCUCCAAGUUAGGGGUGAACAGAUGAAGCCGGCCCGUGCACCUCUGAUCCCUCACCGGCCUUUCGUUGUAGUGUGGAACGCUCCUACUGAAUCCUGCCGCCUUCGAUUCAAGGUGGACCUGGACCUCAGUGUUUUUGACAUCGUAGCAAACCUCAAUGAAACCCUCAGUGGACCGAAUGUCACCAUAUUCUACCACAGCCACCUGGGAUACUACCCAUACUACUCCAACUCCGGGGUCCCUGUUAAUGGUGGACUGCCACAGAACCAGAGCAUCUCCAAACACCUGAGCAAAGCCCGGGCUGACAUUGAUAAGCUGAUCCCUCACAAGGAUUUUCGAGGCCUGGGCGUCAUUGACUGGGAGAACUGGAGGCCUCAGUGGGUCAGAAACUGGGGCUCCAAGGACAUCUACCGCAACAAGUCCAAGGAACAGAUACGGAAACUUCACCCAAACUGGCCAGAGAGCAAGGUGGAGAAGGAAGCGAAGGAAAGUUUUGAGAGGGCUGGGCAGGCUUUCAUGAACCUGACCUUAGCUGUGGCUGAAGGCCGCAGGCCGGAUGGGCUGUGGGGGUUUUAUCUGUUCCCAGACUGCUACAACUACGGGUACAAGCAGCACCCUCAACGGUACACUGGCGAAUGCCCCAACGUGGAGCACGUUCGCAAUGACCAUCUGAUGUGGCUCUGGAAGGAGAGCACGGCCCUCUACCCGUCCAUCUACCUGGACUACGAGCUCAAGUCCUCCCCCAACACUGUCAAGUUUGUCCACUAUCGGGUGAAGGAAGCCAUGAGGAUUGCCUCCAUUGCCCAUACAGACUUCACAUUGCCCGUCUUUGUCUACUCCAGACCUUUCUAUGCCUACACCUUUGUGGUACUUUCAGAAAGCGACCUGGUUCAUACGAUAGGGGAGAGCGCCGCCUUGGGAGCAUCAGGUGUCGUCCUCUGGGGCUCAUCGGAGUACGCUCGAUCGCAGAGGAACUGUCUGACGGUGAAGAAGUACAUCGACGGUCCGCUGGGACAUUAUGUCGUCAAUGUCACAUCUGCAGCUAAGCUGUGCAGCAAAGCAUUGUGCAAGAAGAACGGCAGGUGCGUCCGCAAGAGCCUUGACUCAGGUGCCUACCUGCACCUGAACCCACGCUUCUUCCACAUCCGCCGCAACCCGGCGCCCGGGGGCCCCCAUUUCCACGUCAGCGGUCACCUCAACAACCACGACAUCCUGGACAUGAAGCACAAGUUUACCUGUCAGUGCUACCGGGGCUGGACAGGUGUUUACUGCGAGAUGCCCCAGGCUCCGCCCCCUCCUCCUCCUCCUCCCCCCCCCCCACCUCAGCCCGCCAUCCCUCUGCCUCACCCCCACGAGAACAGUCUGCUGGGAGAUAUCCUGCUCCUCCUGUCCCUCCACUUCUCCUGUCUGUGCGUCAUCACGUUUCUCGGACUCUGUCUGAUUAUCAAGUGUCUGAUCCUGUAG